GCUGUAUGAUAAGGGAUUGGUGUACCGAGGUGUGAAGGUGAUGCCGUUCUCCACCGCCUGUAACACGCCGCUAUCCAACUUCGAAUCUCACCAGAACUACAAGGAUGUCCAAGAUCCGUCCGUCAUCGUCACCUUCCCCCUACUGGAGGAGCCCACUGUGUCACUGGUAGCCUGGACCACCACGCCAUGGACUCUGCCCAGCAACCUGGCACUGUGUGUCAACCCCGACCUCACCUACAUCAAGCUCAGAGAUAAGUCCAAUGGCAAUCUCUAUAUUCUGAUGGAGGCGAGACUCUCUGCGCUGUACAAGGCUGCCGACGAAUAUGAAGUCCUGGAAAGGUAA